GGGAGUUUCAGUACUCGCGUGUAUACCAAGUUCCUCUGUUCCCAGGCAUUUCUGUCCUGAUUCCAGAGACCAUAAUAGUUCUAUCUCUUUUAAACUCUCUCAAAUGCUACUCAUUUGAAAGCAAUCUCUGAUCUCCCAUUUUCAUGGAUACAAGAAGAAAGAUCGUUUCUUUCUCAUCAAGACCAUUUUACGGUUCUUUAAAAUCACAGGUUUUCUUUGAUUUGGGUCUCCUGUUUUUAUCAUCUUAGAGAUCAUACAUAAAACCCCAAAGCCUUUUGUUUUAUUUAGAUCUCUUUCUUUUUCUUUAAAAACUAGUAGUUGAUCACUUGAUCAUCUCUCCCUCCAUGGCCAAUCUGUUUCAAACCUCUGUUUUAAGAAGCAGCAGAUCGGAGGGCGAUGUGGGGUGCGAAGUUGAUGUUGUUUUCUGGAGGGAUCAUAUCCACUGUAAUUUUGUUCAAAGUGGCAAUAAUCCCAUUUGCAUUUGAUCUUAUUCUUCGUGCGUUACCCAGGAUUUGGACCUCUCUCCGUAUCUGGUUAGCUCCUCCUUACAUCUAUAUCAUUCUCAACUUCGUUAUCAUCACCAUUGCUGCUUCCUCCACACUUCAGUACAAAAACGACAGGGACACCAAACCAUCCUCUACAAGAACCCAGUUUCUAUCUACUGAGAAAAGUCUAGGCAAUCUCUGGCAAUACAUCGACGUUGAUGAAGAAGAUGUAAAACCAGUGCACUUUGCGAAAACCAUUAAUCCAUCUCCAGAGCCCUGUAGCUCCUGUGACUCUGGCCUGACAGAUUCUGGUAAACCACUGCGGAUGGAAAAAGAGACUACCAUGACGACGACGACAAUUGAACCACCAGAAGAAGCAGCAGAGGACACGAUGGAGGAAAUGUGGAAGAUAAUCAUGGAAGGGAAAAGGAAGAUGCAGUCACGGCAGCUAAAGAAAAGUGAGACGUGGUACACAGCCCCUCGGGUGGUGGUGGCAACAGGAGCAGCGGCGGAUGCUGCUGCUACCAUCGAUGAUGAUGAUGAUAUGGAUCCGGUUGCAUGGGCUUGGCGACAGCUGAGAAAGUCGGAGACGUUCGGUGAGAGAGCGUCACUAAAGGAAGAGAAAUCGAUGAGUCAGGACGAGUUGAAUCGGCGAAUAGAGGCUUUCAUUAACAAGUUCAAUAAUGAAAUAAGGCUUCAGCGCCAGGAAUCGUAUCAACAUUUCAUAGAGAUGGUUAAUAGAGGUGUUUAAUUUGUAAUUAAUUAAAGUUGUGUUUGUUAAUUCCAUAUAUUAGACUAAUAAUUGCAGGUUUGGUGAAUGAGUUUUUAAUGCAAAUGUGUGCUAUAGUUUAAUUAAUGUUGAGAGCCUUUAUGGAAAUGAAAUGAAAAAUUAUACCAAACCGAACAAUGCAAGAUAGAUGGAUUAAGAAAUGAAAAGAGAUUCUGUUUAUGUUUA